GCGCAGGAAGAGGCGGGGUCAGUGCGGGGCCUUCCGGGGCGGUGGGGUCUGGCGAUGCAGCUGGCUGCCCGCGGGGAAGGCGCGUCGAGGCGGCGGGAUGGCGGGGUUCGGGGAGGGCGCUCCGGUUAUUGGCCCAGGCUCCCGCGAGGGCCCCGCCCGCCCCGACCUCCCUCCAGCCCGGGGACUCACUGCGGGGGAGCCCUAGGCGCCGCGGGGAGGAGGGUGCGGACGUGGCCGCAGGCAGCCCGGGCCACAGACGGUUGGGGCGUGCGGGUUUGCCCUUAGGCGGCAGAGCUGCGCUCCCGCAGGGCGUCCGGAGCGCCGUGCUGUGAGAUGCCUGGUCCAGGGACCGGAGGGGCUCCGCGUUGGCCGCAGGUACCCUGGCCCUGCUCUGGCAGGUUGCGAGUUGUGUGUGGCUGAAGCAGUCACUCCUGUCGGCGGCCUAAGAAAUGAGGGGCCAAGACCAUGAGCUCUAGUCUACCCUCUUUUAAACAAGUGUUUUAUUAUUUGGUGAGCACAGCGCUUGGAGAAGUAAGUCCAGGCUCUGCCAUUAAGUACCUGCCGGCUUGAGCUGCACAGAUGAGACGACUAUCUCAAAUGUGUCCUUUGCACCGAUUUUUCUGUCCCAGAGCUCUAAUACAAGCUCAAAAAAAUGAAGAGUUGGGCUUAAAGCAAGACAUUUCCAAAGAAGGAAAUUCAGAAGGCUGGAGAUUCUGCCCCGGCCAUUUUCUUUGGCGCUUACUGGCUUCCAGUGGUCUUUCCUCCCGUGGGGACAGAGGAAAAUGGAAAAGCCCACUGGCAAAGUAGUGAAGACACAGGCCUCAAAGGAGGAGGGAGAUUUGCAGAAGGACUCUCCCAAAGGAGAGAGAGCAUCUGGGAACAGGAAGCCAAGCGAGAGGUCCACCUCAGCUAAGAAGCACAGAAAAGAGCCCGGCCUGAGUCCUGAGGAUGAGGAACAUAUAUUCAAUGCCUUUGAUGCUUCCUUUAAAGAUGACUUUGAGGGGGUUCCUGUAUUCAUUCCUUUUCAGAGAAAGAAACCCUAUGAAUGCAGUGAAUGUGGACGCAUCUUUAAGCACAAGACUGAUCACAUUCGCCACCAGAGAGUUCACACUGGAGAGAAGCCCUUUGGGUGUGAUCAGUGUGGAAAGACCUUUAGGCACAGCUCUGAUGUGACUAAACACCGGAGGAUCCACACCGGAGAAAAGCCCUUCAAAUGUGGUGAGUGUGGGAAAGCCUUCAACUGCGGCUCGAAUCUCCUGAAACAUCAGAAAACACACACAGGCGAGAAGCCCUAUGAAUGUAAGGAAUGUGGGAAAGCCUUUGCCUAUAGCUCGUGUCUUAUUCGCCAUCGGAAACGCCACCCAUGGAGGAAGCACUGACGCGGGGCGCUGUCUGCCAGGACUCAGCACUGUGCCCGCAGGCCUACUGUGUGAUCCCACCUUGGUCAGUGCCUGGCCGAGGCAGGGGGUCUGUGAGGAAUGUACAUGAUGCACUUUUGCUCAGUUCCCCAUCAUCACCGGGAAAAUAUGCCCAGUUAGAUAAGCAAGGGUCCAAGUGCCAAAAGACCCUCUGGUCCAGUGAACCCCUUAGGAUCGAGACACCGUGAAUAUGCGGAAGCCCCCUGCAGCCAGUGUCAGACACAGUGGUGAUAAACUGCUGUCCAUGGGACAGGCCUCAGAGCCCAGCACAGCCCACAGGAGAGGCACCUGGUGUCUGCAUAUAGCCCCAUACCUCCUGGGGUGGCCGCCACGCUGGCUUAGACCCUCUGACCUCCUUUAAAGACUUGGUCUGCAGACUCUCGGCCCUCUGUGUCCUGAGCCCAUCCUCACAGCCUGGUAGGAGACCUGGGAACCUGAGCCAGACAGCAGGGCAUCCAGAGUGAGCACCGGGGACCCAGGUGCCCGCUGAACUGUACCAGACCCUUGCUGUCCCCUCUGGGCUGGCUGCAAAGACAGUCCUGUGAUUUGUUCUCUGGCUUCCUUGGGCUGGAGCACCAGUCCUUGAACUCGGCACUCCCGUCCCCAGGAACUGGACCCCCUGUGUGUCCUCCCAGCCCAGCUAGCAUCCAGAAUGAGCAGCCUGACUUACCAGAUGGACCACUCAGGACACAAGGUUUUCAUGGGUACAGGGUCCUCAGAGCCUAAACCCUGCCGCUGUGGGGGAUUCCUGUCCUGGCCACAUGGAAAGCCCCAGGAUGCUGAUGGCUGUAUCGAUCCUGUCCCUCAAACAGGAGGUGGUGUGUUCUGCCCUCCGCCAGCUCUCUGUUCAGGGCAGACGGGACGGGUCCCCAGAAGUGGAAUGACAGGCAGAGAUCUUUCUGGCGAAUACCUUCCUCCAGGCUGUGCGGCAUAGGUGCCCUGUCUCCCGCAGACAGCAGGCUUAUUACCCUGACCUCUCCACGGAUGUGAGAGCAGACCACCCCCAAGCACAAAGUUCCUGAUGAAAUACCCAUAAAAAGGGACCAUAGAACUAACACGAGAACCCCGUUCCCAAGCUCCAAAGAGGAACAGAGACCAAAGAGAGAAGAGAAAGGCUCAGUGCGGGAAGAAAGGAAACCUCGCCAGCUGCAUGGACCCGGCCUAACUGGCCCUAGAUGCCUUGGAAGCUACGGUGGGGUUUGUGGAGGCCGGAUGCCUGCAGUCCUGCCCUGCCUGCUGCCUCCCACGCUGUGACCACCACCUCAGGCCUUGCGUUCUAAAGAGCUGAGAUUCGUCACACAAUGUCCUCGUCCCGCCGCCGCACCCCUUGCUCUGGCUCACUUCGCCUUAGAGCAGGGGGCGGUUCUACCCCCCAGAAAGGGACGUUGGCAAUGUCUGUGGAUGUUUGUGGUUGUCACAACUGGGGAGGGGCUGCUGGCUGCUGGGGGUGGGCACAGGGGAGCUGUUCAGCCUCCUCCGAUGGACCCAGCCUAGGUGGGUCUCUGCUUUCAGCCACGUGGAUGGGCGGAGGACUGGAGGCGGUGCCGAGGGCAGAGGAGGAGGUGCUUGGCAAGGCUUCGCAGCUGGGAAACACAAGCAGAGGUGCCUUUCAGCAGACACCAAAGCCCUCAGUGACUGCCCUGUCGGCUAGGAGCCCGGCAGGGUCCAGGGACAGACAGGGUUCUCCUGAGGGUGGGGCAGAGUUUCCAAAGGAGUAAUGAGAACCCCUAGGCCUCCCCACCCUCACAGAAAAUGGGAGGGUGCCCCCAUCUUGCUGAAACUAAACCAGCAGGCAGUUGGUGGCUGGGCCCAGAGAGACUGAGGACCAGGCUGAAAAGGGGAGCUGGUGAGCGUCAGACCCCAGCUGCCACCGUCCACACGCAGACAACUUGGCUGUGUGCACUCCCAUGAGCCCCUUCUGCCCUGCUGCCUCCCAUCUCAAAGUGGCCGCCUGAGCCGAGUCCUCAUGCCCCAUGUCAACAGCGAAUGCUGCCGGGUCUGUCCCCAGCUAAGCCUCACCCAGCCUCCUCUCCGUCCGGCCCUUUCUCCCCAAUCUGACCCUGAAAUGUACAUCAUAGCCUCCCUCCACUUGGGGCCUGGGGGAAAACCAGGCUCCUAAUUAGGGCUUCGAGACGGCCGGCCCAGCUCGCUCCACGCUCUGCCCUUGCACACCGUGCUCCAGCUUGCCUGGGCUUCCAAACGUUGGGUGACACUCUCAUGCCUCAGGACUUUGGUACGUGCUCUUUGAGUACCUUUCCCUCCAGUCUAAGCGUGGCUGGUUCGCUCUGCCGCCCUCCCGCCUGUGAAGGUGCCCCCACGGAGAACCCUUGUCUGCUCCCUUACAGCUCUCACACCACUGGUGGGGCGGGCUUACCAGUUUGUUAUUUGCUGUCUCACACACACACUGAAAUGUGAGCUCCACUGGAGCAAGGAACUGUCUUGUUCCCUGCUGUACCCCAGCUCGUGGCCCAGGCAGAAGGGAGCAGGGGCUGCCUAGCACUGAGCGAUGCUGGUGGAGCAGGUGACUCCACUGUCCCCACCUUUGGUCUGGGUGGAAUCUGCUGAUCCAGAUGCAGGCACCUUCUCCCAGCUCCAGGCUUUGUACUCUCCCAGCUCAUCCUGGUCCCACUACCCACCGUGCACCGGCCCCUCCCCACACACUCAGUGGGUCCUUCACAAGUCCCUGGUCAUCCAGCUUCUCCUGCCAGGCACCCACCUGGGACCAGAUAGCUCUUCCUGAUGAGAUCCUCGAGCUUGGGCUCCCCUCCCUCUCUCCUGAGCACCCCUUGUAGGGAAGCCCUCCCCAGCACCUUCCCUAAUGUACUAUGAGGACAGCUGUCUGCUGCUUCACCCCAGGUAUGUCUGACCUUUUAUGGAGCCAAAUGUGUCUAGUCUUGUCUGUAAACAUUGAAAACAGUAUUGUACCCAUGAGGAAGAAGCUAGAUAAAGGCCUUGAAGGCUGGACACCUGGUCAUGAAGGCCACAUGCAUGUGCAUUUUCAAUGUAACCAUGACAGCACUACAGCAGUAUAAAAAGUACAGCUUUAGCAGAAUAAAGUGGCCUCUUUUGAGCACCCUCCAUGACGAUUCCUGUUGCCUUCUUUGC